CUGACGGGAUGAGGCCACUCCCAUUGUUAUGUGCGGCGACAUCAAACGUGAUUCAUAUUAGGCAGCACGACGCAGAUAUGAAAAUACUAGAAUUAUUAUUUUUUUCUCUAGUUUCUCUAUGGGUGUUUACUACAUAAAACGAUCUCAAACGCUUUAAAGCGUUAUUUAAAGUAAAAUACAGCAAAGAAAAUGAAAAUAUCAAGGUCCUGUGGACGAAUUGGACCAAUUUAACAAUUGUUACCUAAUCGGAUUAAAUGAUAAUUAUGUUUUAAAUAUGGAAACUGUAUUAUAACAUGCUUUAUAUGCUUCCUUUGACAAAGGGGGAACUUUAAUUAAACAGCUCUGAUUAUGUCAUAUAAAAAUGUUCACAUCAAAUCUACUCUUCCAUUUAUAGUUGACUAUAAAAUUAUUUUUAUUAUAAUGUUUUCCAGAAGUAUUUAAUAGGUUAAGAAGAUUUCUUUAAAUUAGUUACUAACGUGCAUUUAGGACCCGUGGACUUUUAUUUUGAAAAGCUUGAAUAACCGGAAAACAUAACUGAAACAAAUAUUAUUCAGUUCGUUUCAAUGAUUGCUUUAGUGAAUAAAGAAAUGUUGCCUCAAAGUGGUUUUUUAUUGAUUGUAAUAUAAUGUAUGUAUAUCAAAUAAUACAGCAAAUAACAUGUUCGUGUAAAAGCUUUUGAGACACUGCGGGGCUUUUCAUAGCCGCCAUCUUUGUUCGGGGCAAAGAUGCCGAAAAGUUGUUCUGCAUAUAAUUGCACAAAUAGGUACAAUAACAAAAAUCCUGAGAUCACGUUCCACAGGUUCCCUUUCAGCAAACCAUCGGUUCUGAAACAAUGGUUAGAUAACAUUGGACGUGACGACUUUCAGCCAAGGAAGCACAUGGUUAUCUGUUCACUUCAUUUCACCCCGGACUGUUUUAGUGGUUUGGGCAACCGCAAAAAUCUGUUGUGGAACGCAGUGCCAACUCUCUUUGCAGUCCCACAUCAGGAUGCACAGCAAAAUAAUUCUAGGAAGAGGCUGAAGAGGGCUUUAAAACCUGCUGCUGAUAAAUGUGAUGGCAUUGCACCUGAGACACCUCCUUUCACUGAGGAUACUCAAACUGAAGAGAUGCAUGAGGAUGCUCAACACUUUCACAGUAAUGUAGAGGAUUUCUGUCAAAACACAAAGGAUUUUGCAGCCACAGACCACACCUAUGCCCUUUCGGAUCCAUGCACGACCAAAGCCCGUCUGUUUAACGUUUUAGAUGCCAACAGAUGGCUACAGAGAAGGUUGCAAACCAAAUGCAGAGUGAUAAAAAGAAUGAAAAUUAAACUGCAAGAUGCUCAAAGAGAACUUUUGACUUUGCGUCGACAGCUCAGCUAUAGAGACACACAUCGCCAAAGACACUCACAGCUCCCAAUACAGUGUGGCAGUGGCUCCAAGACCUAGUCAAGCAGUAAUAAAGACCUCGGGUUGCACAAACAUCUUUGAACUAUAAAGAAGGCUGAACUUUUGGUCAGGAGAAAGGGGUUAUUGUGUGCAACAAAUGUUUCUUUUUUUUCUGUAAUUGGACAGAUAAGUCCAAUUAAAUCUGUACUUUGGUUUUGAUAGGACUUGUAUGAAACAUUUUAUGCCCCACCCCACCC